AUGGAGCUAACGGCGGCAGAGCUGAGAGCGUACGAUGGAUCCGAGGAGGGAAAGCCCAUCUAUGUUGCGGUGAAAGGUACUGUGUACGAUGUCACCUCCGGGAAGGGCUUCUACGGUCCCGGCGGUUCUUACUGCAUGUUCGCGGGGAGGGACGCGAGCCGCGCGCUGGGGAAGAUGAGCAAGAGUGAGGAGGAAGUCUCCGGGAACCUCGAUGGCCUCACUGAGAAGGAGCUCGGUGUCCUCGACGACUGGGAGAAGAAGUUUCAGGCCAAGUACCCCGUCGUCGGCCGCCUUGUGUAA